AUGUCACCCGUUGUCCUACGAGCUCGGUCGGUACAGCCGGAGAGUGGAGAUUUGGACCAAACCAUGUCGUGUCAUCCUGACGAUACGGACCCUGUCAACGCUGCCUCAUUCGGGCCUGAUGUCCCUGACGCCAGAGAUGGACGGCACCAGAGCCGAGGGCAGAUCUGUACCGGCCAGCCUCAGAGCGAGGCUGUAGUGCUGGUGCUGAAUGGGGUCGACGGCGUGGAAUGUGUCAGAAUGGGGAAUAAAGGGGAUUCGGGGGCCAGCCGACCGGCUAAGCAACAGAGGUUGAAUACGCCGAGCCUGGCUCCUGAUCCAGACGUCUCGAAAAGCCGCCACGAUGCCUGCAUCGAGUCGGGCUGGUGGACCAGAGACGUCGGGACGCAGGCCGAUGCGCCAGACGUCGAGGAGCCCUCUGCCUGCCGAGACCCUCAAGCUGAGCUGGUGCUCGCUUCGUUUGCCUCAGCCAUAGGCUCUUGUUCGACGCACAGUUUUGCGUUGAUGUUACUUGUUACUUAA